AUGGAUAACGGUAACGGUCAUCAUGCUCUAUCCGAUCAGGCUUCUUCGCCUCUCUUCAAUCUAACGUCGUCACCAUUUCCUCCCUCAUCAUCAAAUAGACUAACAACCCCAAGGACAUCAUUAACAAACGGACAAACAAGAAAACAUUGCUGGGUCUGCUUUGCAACAGAAGAUGACGAUUUUUCAGCUUCCUGGGUGUCUCCCUGUCGAUGUCGUGGCACAGCGAAAUGGGUUCAUCAAGAAUGUUUACAACGUUGGAUAGAUGAAAAACAACAAGGAAAUAGUACAGUCAAAGUAGCUUGCCCUCAAUGCAAUACGGAAUACAUUAUUGUUUAUCCGAAACAGGGUCCAUUAGUUUAUACGUUGGAUUUGACGGAGCGUAUUUUAAAUCGUUUUUGUCCAUUUCUUGCUGGAGGAAUACUUGUGGGAUCGGUGUAUUGGACGGCAGUCACCUAUGGUGCUGUUACGAUUAUGCAGGUCUGUGUGUUUAUUCUUGGUCACAAAGAGGGAUUGAGUGUUAUGGAAAAGGCUGAUCCUUUAUUCUUACUCAUCGGUUUACCAACGAUACCAACAGGUCUUAUUUUGGGAAGAAUGAUUCGAUGGGAAGACGCAGUACUAAAGUUUUGGCGAAAACAUUCAUCAAAAUUACCAUUGAUGCAUUAUUUAUUUCCAGAAGAUCAUAUAUCCUAUUUGCCACGAUUACCAACUGAAAGAAAUCAAAAUUCAAAUCCAGCUUCCUUAACACGUUUAAUAUGUGGUGGUUUAAUUCUACCAACAAUUGCCACAAUCAUUGGAAAGUUUUUAUUUCAACGUGUACAUUCAAAUUUUCAACGAACGUUACUGGUGUCAUUUAUCGUCACAAAAGGUGUAGCAAAGAUCUAUUAUAAACAAUGUCAAUACAUACGUGAAGCUCAUCGAGAAAUAUUGAAUUAUGAAACUAAGACAACAACAAUAGGACCACGCUCUGCUUCCUUACCGUUGAAUGUUAUGUCACCACCAAACGCAGUAGUUGAAUUUCCAGAUCAAGAUAUUUUAUCUGUUCCAUUGCCACCCUACUCUCCUCCUCGUAAUAUGACACAUGUAACAGAUAAUUCAAAUGAAAGUGAUUUUGCUUUACUGUCUACUUCACCACCGAUACUAGCAACACCUAGCAGUAUUCAUCGUCAACAUCUUCUACAACAACAACAACCCAAUUUAUCAGCUGCUUCUUCAUCUCAAUUUUUACCUUCUGAAUCUGUAUCAGUGGUCGAUAUUCCACCAUACGAUUCAUUUAAUAACGAUAAAGAUCCAUCCUCAUUCCAGUUUUGA